UGUUUAACUGAGUUUGGAUCACAAAAUAGGGACAUAGGGCAAAGUAUUUUUUUUCUUAUUUAUGAGUUUAUUAAUAGGAAAGGAUUUACAAAGAUAUGUUUGUGUAUUUAACAAACCACUGUUUAGGAAAAAGAUAAAAUUAAUGCGCUAAGGAUUACCCUAGAAAAUUCAGUGCAUGUUCAUCUCUACUGAGAGGAAUACAUUCUUAUGGGGGCGGGGGAAGUGCAGGCAGGGAGUAGACUAGCUGGUGUCAAAGUGCAUCAUGUGUUCAGGGAAAGGCAAGAGCAGACCUGCUGGCAGGAAGGGGCUCUUGGGGAGAGAGGCAGUAGAUGAGGUAGGAAGAGGCUGAGAUAAAUAGGAAGGUUCUGAGUCAUCACAGCAGGCAGAGUCCACAGAGCUGCUUCCAGGAGUGGAGGUGGACUGAAUGGUGCCCACUGGGGGGAGAAUUAUGCUGGAAGCUGGGGGAGUUGCGUUGAGGAAGGUGAGACAAGAGGCAGGGAGAACAGUUGAAGACUUUGUAAUAGUCCAGGUGAGAAGAGACUGGGGCAGAAGCUGAUGGAGAGAGGGACAGCUCUGAUACCAUCCAGAACUGUGCCUUCUCCUUCAGGAAGCUAUGAGUAAGCAAUCAUUGUGGGGUGGAAUCAUGUGAGGUCUGUCCUGAGAGCCCGUAUCUCACUGACCAUCUGCCUCCUCAAGGGCAAAAGCCAUGUCAUGGUGCCCUCUGCUUUCCCAGUGCCCACCUUCAUACCUGGCACAUUGAGGACAAUUAAUGUUUGGUGAUGGAAAGGAGAACAGUGGCCUUGGGAUGCAAAUCAGAUGGUUUCACUUACUUGCUGAGUGGCCUUGGGAAGGUUAUUUAACCCCUCUGAACCUCAGAUUUCUCAUCUAUAAAAGAGGACUAGCUAUCCAUCUAACACAGACUUCUUAGCAGUAACUUGAAAGAAAAUUCUUUGCAAACUGCAAAGUACAGUAACAAAAUAAUACAGAACAGAAUAAGACUUUUAAGAUAAAAUGGGAUAAAGUAUUCAAGGCUAGCUCUGCUUCCAGACUGAGAGAAGAUGAGUGGGUAAAGCCACCAGGGGGGUCCCACAGUUGGGCCUAACACUGUUACAUCCAGCCAUCAUUAGAUCAGCAUUCCUUGAAGACACACAUGACCUUUCACUCCUUGAUGUUUCAGAAACUGAAGCCCCACAUCUUCACUGUGGGUGAACAGACCUACAGGAAUGUCAAGAGCCUGAUUCAGCCAGUCAACCAGUCCAUCGUUGUCAGUGGAGAGAGUGGUGCUGGAAAGACAUGGACUUCCCGUUGCCUGAUGAAGUUCUAUGCUGUGGUGGCUGCCUCACCUACAUCCUGGGAGAGCCACAAGAUUGCAGAGAGGAUCGAGCAGCGCAUCUUGAACUCCAACCCUGUCAUGGAAGCUUUUGGGAAUGCGUGCACGCUGAGGAAUAACAACAGCAGUCGCUUUGGGAAGUUCAUCCAGCUCCAAAUGAACAGGGCCCAUCAGAUGACUGGAGCUGCAGUCCAGACCUACCUCCUAGAGAAAACUCGCGUGGCCUGCCAGGCCUCCAAUGAGAGGAACUUCCACAUCUUCUACCAGAUCUGCAAAGGAGCCAGUGCAGAUGAGAGGCUCCGGUGGCACCUCCCCGAGGGAGCCGCCUUCUCCUGGCUGCCCAACCCAGAGAGGACCUUGGAAGAGGAUUGUUUUGAGGUGACCAGAGAGGCCAUGCUUCAUCUUGGCAUCGACACCCUCACCCAGAACAACAUCUUUAAGGUCCUGGCUGGACUGCUGCACCUCGGCAACGUCCGGUUUGCUGACUGUGAGGAUGAAGCCCAGCCCUGCCAGCUGAUGGACGAUGCCAAGGGCUCUGUCAGAACAUCGGCCUCGCUGCUCUGGCUCCCGGAGGACCCACUGCUGGAGACACUGAGGAUCAGGACCAUCAGGGCGGGCAGGCAGCAGCAGGUGUUCCGGAAGCCCUGCUCCCUAGCCGAGUGCGACACCCGCAGAGACUGCCUGGCCAAACUGAUCUACGCACGGCUGUUCGACUGGCUGGUAUCGGUGAUCAACAGCAGCAUCUAUGCGGCCCCCGACUCCUGGACCACUUUCAUAGGCCUGCUGGAUGUGUACGGCUUUGAGUCGUUCCCUGACAACAGUCUGGAACAGCUGUGCAUCAACUAUGCCAAUGAGAAGCUGCAACAGCACUUUGUGGCUCACUACCUAAAGGCUCAGCAGGAGGAAUACGCACUGGAGGGCCUGGAGUGGUCAUUUGUCAACUACCAGGACAACCAGACCUGUUUGGACCUCAUCGAGGGGACCCCCAUCAGCAUCUGCUCCCUCUUAAACGAGGAAUGCCGCCUUAACCGGCCAAGCAGUGCAGCCCAGCUCCAGACACGCAUUGAAAGUGCUCUGGCAGGCAGCCCCUGCCUGGGUCACGACAAGCUCAGCCGGGAGCCCAGCUUCAUUGUGGUGCAUUACGCGGGGCCUGUGCGGUACCACACCGCAGGCCUGGUGGAGAAGAACAAGGACCCUGUGCCCCCUGAGCUGACCAGGCUCCUGCAGCAAUCCGAGGACCCCCUGCUCAAGGUGUUGUUUCCUACUGACCCAGAAGAGAAGUCCCAGGAGGAGCCUUCUGGCAAGAGCAGAACCCCUGUGUUGACUGUGGUGUCCAGGUUCAAGGCCUCCCUGGAACAGCUUCUGCAGGUUCUGCACAGCACCACGCCCCACUACAUUCGCUGCAUCAAGCCCAACAGCAAGGGCCAGGCACAGACCUUCCUCCGGGAGGAGGUCCUGAGCCAGCUGGAGGCCUGUGGUCUCGUGGAGACGAUCCACAUCAGUGCCGCCGGCUUCCCCAUCCGGGUCUCUCACCGGAACUUUGUGGAACGGUACGCGUUACUGAGGCGGCUCCGUCCUCGCACAGCCCUGGGCCCCCAGAGCCCGUCUCUUAAUGAAGGGCGCUCAGAAUGGUCUCCACAGGCCGCGGAGGCCGCGCUGCAGCCUCUGCUCCAGGACAUCCUCCGCACUCUGCCCGCUCUGCCUGGGGCAGCAGCCACAUCUGGCGACCCGGUGGAGGCCACGCCAGCCACAGUGCACUGUGGCAGGACCAAGGUGUUCAUGACGGACUCCACGCUGGAGCUCCUGGAACGCAGGCGUGCCCAGGUGCUGGAGCAGUGUGCCCGCUGCAUCCAGGCUGGCUGGAGGCGACACCGGCAUCGCAGGCAAGAGAGGCAGAGGCAGGCUGCCGUGCUCAUCCAGGCAGCCAUUCGCUCCUGGUUAACUCGGAAACACGUCCAGAGGCUGCACGCAGCUGCCACAGUCAUCAAGCGCGCAUGGCAGAAGUGGAGAAUCAGAAUGGCCUUCCUUGCUUCUAAAGAACUGGAUGGUGUGGAAGAAAAACACUUGUUUCAAGCUCCCGGUUCCCCAAGCUCCUUCCCGCUGCCCCAGGCACAGAGCUGGCUCCCGGGGGCAAUAAUCCGCCUCUGGCCCCUGGGACUGGUCCUGGCCAAUGCAGCCGUGGGCGUGCACGGCUUCCAGAGGAAACUGGUGGUCUGGGCCUGCCUCCAGCUCCCCACCAGCAGCCCCCGGAGCUACACUGUCCAGACAGCACAAGAGCAAGAUGGUGUCACGUCCAUCCGAGCACUGCCUCAGGGCUCGAUCAAGUUUCACUGCAGAAAGUCUCCGCUGCGCUAUGCUGACAUCUGCCCUGAACCUUCGUCCGACAGUGUUACUGGCUUUAAUCAGAUUCUGCUGGAAAGACACAGGCUGGGCCACGUGUGAUCUCUUCUCACCUUCUGUCCUCACCUGGCUGGGCAACCUGUGGUGCCUUUGUUUCUACAAUGCCUUUCCUGCCAGCUGCCUUGCCAAAGACAUUCAAUCAACACAUAGCUGCCAAACUACUCCCAGUGACUCCCAGGCCUGUGAGAGUGAUGGCUCCUGCCCGCCUGUGGGCCAGGGCUGUGCGGUCCAUCACCAGUGGGGCCUGGGGCUCCAGCCUCCAUCUCAAGCACUGACAGGUGUCAGGGUUAGUAGUUCCCAGACCAAGAUUAAGAAACAGCAGGGCCACAUUUUAACUACAUUCGUGGAGCCAACUGCAAUCAAACAAGAUUGAGAGUUGUCUGUCACUACAGUGGGGUACCCUCCACUCUGAUUCCCCACAAACAGAACAAGCAGCCUGAGAUCAGCUCUAAAAUUUUGGCUGGGGAAAUUCUGUGUUUAGUUCCUUUAAAAGGAACAAAACUUUACUAUUUAAUAUGUUGUUGAUUUAUUUAAUUUGAAGCAAUUAAAUUAUGAAUCAAGGAUGAUGAACAAUGCAACGUACCACAGAACCACACCUUGAUUUUAUUUAGUAACACUGAGCAAGUUUUCACUCAAACAAGUGUGAAACUUGAUAAAUUAUCUCACGAUAUCUACCUUAACUGUACCAAAAAUAAAUAACUUAAAAACAA